AUGGAGUCUUCUUUAAUCCUUCUCUCUGCCAAUAUCCGCAUCUUGGAUACAGAGCUUGCUCUGAUACACAUUCCAUUGCGCCUCUACCGUACCUUUCUCCAGUCCAUCCUCCAGCUGGUGUUGCCUAAUGCAACUCGCGAUGGCUUUGAAAAUGGCUCGGGUGCGGUACAGCCUCUGAACGGCUGGCCUUGCGAACAUCCUUUCGUGAACAUCUCAAUCACCCCGGUCGAGUGUUCGAUUGUAUGCUCGAGGACGCUUGCCAAUGAAGUCUUCGUACCUGUCCUCGCUCUGCUCGACGCCGAGUCCAGAGAAUCCGUAAACAUUACUCAAGACGACUUUGUCGUCAUGCAAGUCGACGGCGAAGGACUGGAUGCUGGCCAGCGUGUCCUCGAACUGACGAGUCCUCUUGCCCUGGCUGGCAUACCCAUUUUCUUCAUCACAACCUACUUCUCCGACUACAUUCUCGUGCCCCUUCGACACCGCUCUCAAGUCGUGCAAGCACUCGAAGAGCGUGGAUUCCAAUUCGAAAAAGACACUUCGUCGUACGUCAACUCCUUCCAACCUGGCCGCAAGCAUUCGGCUGCUUCUUUGGAAGUCCAACCCCCAAGGAGCCCGCCCCCAACCACCAUUUCCGAACUGCAAACAAAGACUUUUGCUACCCUAAAGCGCCGCAACAUUGUGCCGACGGUAGACGCUAGCAUCCGUCUGGUGCAGUGUGCAGGCCGUCGAGAUGGCAUGAACCAAGCGCGCAACCGCAACAGCAGGACCACUGUCGCCGAUGACGCACUCCAUCUUGGUCUUGUAAAAUGCCUCAUUACACAGCCUUAUCCCAAAUUUUUAUCCCUCACCCUAACCGACACCGAAUCUGCCGCUCUCCUCUUGGAUCACACGUUGCUACCCCACUUUGCCCAAGACACUUUGCUCGGGUCGAGAGACGAGUUUCUUACCCCUAUUACGCUUGACCUGAGGGAAUUGCCCAUGGAGAGUACGGGUAUUGUGUGUGGCGUCGCGGGUCGGCUAGUGGGCGAGACAACGGGCCAACUGCAGGAUCCUGUUGAGAUGAGCUAUUUAAGCACGGCGAGGGCAGGUACAGUCAUGGUUGCAGAGGAAGAGUUGCAACGGGCGCUGGGUGCUCUGCGAGGUGCAGAAAACGGUGUGACAGCUGCGAAUGAGUAA